AUGCGUGAAGCAGCUCAACCGUCAGACGCAGACCCGACGCCGCUUGGACAGCACAGGCGACUGAGCCUCUUUGAGCGGGCGAACAGCACCAUAAUAUACUCCUCCAAUGAGGGAAAGGGCGGUGACGGGAACAACAGUGAAGACAGUGUACCCCAUGCUAGGUGCGACCGCAGCAAGAGCGGCGUCGUGGUGGUGAAUGGCAGGGACAUCAAUGCCAUCGGUCUUGAGGACAGGACGACUCUGAUAAAUGGCGACUCAACACGCGGGCGAGACAAAUAUAACACCGUUCUUCGCGACUGGCUGAUGCACGUCGUAGAGAAGGACGACCAGCAGGACGCCGAGCAAGUUCAAAGCAUCUGGGCUACGGCCCGGCGGCGGCGAAGGCUAGCUCACAAGACUUUUGAAGCUGCAGACUACGAGCUCUACGACAGCAAGGUGUGGCAUACACACAAACAAGAUGCAGCAAAUAACAACCGCGGCGGGACGAAAGGAUCGAAACGCCACCGAAAGCUCGUCGGGCGUUCGCUGACCCUCGCGUUGGGUAUCGCGGUGGGGUUAACUGGCUGCUUCGUGACGUUCUUCACCGAGUGGAUCGUGCACGCCAAGCUUCAUUUCAUCGCCCACAUCAUUGAAGAGCACGAGGGCGAAUCCGACUUCACGCGCUAUGGGACAGCGUUCGCGUGGCUGUGGUUCAUCAACAGCCUUCUCACGGUGGGGGCUUUCGGCAUGGUGUGGUAUCAGCCGUGGUCGAAUGGUUCGGGAAUACCGGAGACCAAGUGCUUGCUGAAUGGGGUCAGCAUUCCCCAGGUCCUCGCUCCGAGUACUCUGGUUACGAAAGUAUUUGGCGUUAUCCUCGGAGUGGCCUCGGGGCUACCGAUCGGCAAGGAAGGCCCCAUGAUUCACGCCGGAGCGGCAAUCGGGGGGGGUAUCGCCAACAUCCCUGGGAUCCCGGGCGUAGCGGAGUUCCGCAACGAUCGAGACAGGCGGGAUUUGGCGGCCAUGGGCACUGCCGCCGGUGUGGCUGCCGCGUUCCGCACCCCGAUCGGAGGCGUUUUGUUCGCUCUCGAGGAGGGGGCAUCGUUCUGGACGACGUUUUUGACGUGGAGGAGGUAA